AUAUACUGCGCUCAAAUUUGUUUAAAUGUUCAGUACCGCAAAAUGACUUAAAGGAAUUAGCUCGGGAAUUCUUUAAAUAGUUAAAUAUAGGACUUUGGCAGUUUAAAACAAUGUAUAAUAUUUUUACGUGGACUAACAUAAUCAUCUUAUUUAUUAUUCACUUUCAUCGUGUGGGAUUAUGUGAAGGGAGAUCAUCAUUUGACAAAAUGCUGAUGCCUCCAUACCAAAGAAACACACAUCGUAAACCUACAAGGACAGAUUCGGAUAAAGACGGUUUAAACAAGGGUUAUUUUCGCGUUGUUGAUGGUAUAUCUACAGGGCUUGAACUUGCAGUAGAGGAGUGUAAACAUCAGUUCUUCUGGGACCUCUGGAACUGUCCUGUUUCCGCCAGUACCAUCAUCUCAAAAUCGGCAAACAGUAAAGGAACUCGAGAAGUGUCGUUCCUGCAAGCGGUAUCGGCAGCCGGCAUCGUGUAUUCUGUUACAAAGACAUGUAAUCGCAAAGAUAACACUUUAUGUGGUUGUGGAUCAGGCGGAAAAGACUAUCUCUCUACCGGCACACUAAACUGGAAAUGGGGAGGCUGCAGUCACAAUGUGAAAUUUGGUGAAAAAGUUGCCAAACUAUUUCUUAUGACUGAAACAGCCGCAACAAAUAUUGAACAAGUAAUCAAAAGUCACAAUGAAAGAGCUGGACACAGGGCUAUCAAGCGCACAAUGAAAACACUGUGCAAGUGCCACGGUCCAACCGGAAGUUGCACAAUGAGGACAUGCUGGAAGACGCUUUCAGAGUUCCGGGUAGUUGGAGCGCUUCUAAGAAAGAAAUACAAGCGUUCCAAAGACAUAAGACACAUGCAAGGCUUUACGCAUAACAGUAAUAAAGUUAGCCAUCCAAAGGUUACACGAAUCUCAAAACACGAUUUAGUGCAUUUUGAAGACUCACCAAACUACUGCGAAACUGAUAACUCAAUCGGAUAUCUUGGAACUCUGGGUAGGGAAUGUUUAAAGCUAGAAAAAAGUGCUAAUAAGACAUCGAUGAAGAAGUUCUUGAGAAAUAGUUGCAGACGACUAUGUAAGAAUUGUGGACAUAAAGUCGCAAGAGUUGUGUAUGAAGAUAUAUACAAAUGUGACUGCGAGUUCAAAUGGUGCUGUUCUGUGGAUUGUAAAAUGUGCAAGAAAAAAGUGUCGAAAUACUACUGCAAAUAAGACCGAAUUUUGUAAAGCAGACACAUAUAGCCAGGUGACGUCACUCCGAAAGUGGAGUGGUAUACCCUACAGUUUAGGUAGCUUUGUAUAUAAAUGGCUGUGCAAAGUGUGAUUCAGUUGUACAUACUGUAUCAAUCAUACAGUCGUAUUUGUGAUACCAAAUGAGAUUUUGUUUUCAGUUGCAAAAAUGUACUUUUGUUACAUCUCAUUUUCUCUACCAAAAGUAAGUGAAGAUUUCCUCAUCCGUUGUGCAAAAUGAAUCAUUUCACUGAAGCUCCUGGGGUAGUAGUAAAAUGUAGUUUCCUGUCUACCAGUAUCCGAGAGCUCAUAACAUAAGCCUGUUUUGUCUUCCGUUGCAUCUUCAACACAACCCCGACAUUUGAUGCUAAUCUUCAUUGAGAUCACCUGUGAUUAGUGCUUUUUGUUGUUCAGCCUUUAGCAAGUUCAGUUUAUUCCAUCAUAAUUUGACGAGGUAAUGCACUUUUGUACACUGAUACUGACUUCCGUGAAAUACAAGGAAUCCCAGUAUUAUUAAUUUUGUGAUAUGUUGUUAAAAUAAAUAAAAAUUGUUUAUUUUU